AUGCGAGUGGAAAGUUGUUGGAUUGGGACACCGAAAAUGCCAGUGUUUAUAGUACGAGAAGACGGGUGUACAAUUGAAAAAGCAAUUUUGACAUCUCCAGUUUAUACCUCUUUUAAUAGGGCAGCAGCCAUCGGAUGGAUGGCUGUAAGGCAGAAAAACAUGAAAUACAUGCACGUCGGCUGCACCAUUCGUCUCUGCCAUCUCUGUGAUCCAGCGUGUCAGGAGAUUACGCCGCCUCGAAGCUGUAACGACUCUCGUGCCAAUGACUAUGAAGCCAUGUGGAAUAGCUCCUCGAAAGUGAAAAAUCUCUGUUUUCCUUCUCCAUCGACAACCGAGAACUCAUUGGAAUCCAAUUUUUCGCAAACAUUUUCUGCUUUAUCAAAUUCAAUGAUUUUCAGCAUUGUUUAUUUGUUAUCAGUUUGCUGA